UCAGCGAGGGGGCGUAGCAGCUAGCUGAGAGCUGGACAUGACAAUCGACUCCUGUGCCAUUUUAAUAUGCCAAUGAAACUUAGCAGCUAUAGAUCUAGUACCUGAAGUUGUGAGCUUGCAGCAGGAUGGCUUCUUUGGAAAAACAAGGGUUCAAAUUUGAGAGAAAAAAGAAGAGAAGACACUCUUACACAUCUGCGAGGGCAUUUGCUGCCAAGCCACCACAAAUCGCACCUCCUCUCACCCCCACCCACUCUCUAACCAGCUUCCAGAGGUCUGGUAGUCUGACAGGCAGCUACAGGUCCAGUACUGGCCCAGACACUGAAGAGGUAUCGCGGUCUGGUAGGAGGUCAUUUAUAGGGUUUCUACGCUCAAAGAAAAAGAAACGCAAUCAACCCAGCUCUCAACUCACAAGCAGCCAUACUGCAGAAGGCACUGCUACAGCUACUGCAUCUAAUCAAGAGACGAUGCAUGGCUAUUUUGAUGAACGGAAAGGGGAGUUUGUACGUGUGGUUUCGACGGUUCUCAAUCGCCAGAUCUAUUACAAGACUCUCCCUAUUACCAAGUACACCACAGUAUUUGAGGUAGUGGUGAAACUGGUUGGCAAGUACGCCAAGUCCGAUGAUCAAAACCCUAGUGACUUCUAUUUGACUGAGGUAAAGGAGAGUGAUCAGGGGAGCUAUUCACGAUUGUUAGAGAACAGCGAUCGAGUGUAUGACAUCCAAUCACGAUGGGACGAUGGGACAAAAUGCUCCUUCACUCUCUGCAGAAAAGAAACGCUCAUUGAUGAUGUGUUUCAGGAAAAUCCCAUGCAAGCCAUGAUAAUGUCCCCCAGUCAGGAAUUCUUAGACAAUGGAUUCACUGGAGUGGUCGACAUUGAUGUCCCAAGUACCCCCACAAGUCCUAACACAUACAACUCCAAGUCCUCUUUUUUUGACGGUCCAUUACCACCCUCCACAGACCUACGCAUGGACCCGUUCCUACUGUCUAUCAGUCCCUCAGAGUUGAGUGCUGAUGAGAUGUUCUUUACAGCAAAGCAGAAUACUCGAAUCUUAAACAGCAGCGAUGUGGAAGGUCCAGUAACCAACAAAAGUCUUAAGUUGGAAAACAACAAUAACCACAAUAACGUUGAGGGUCCAUCGACGGUAGAUGUGAGCAGACUCAUGCAGCAAUCAGUUAGUCAGGGAAUGCUAGGAGUCAUGCACAAAGUAGUAUUAGAGGGAGAGCAAAGAACAAAUUCUCCCAAGUCGAAUAACAAAAGAUUGAGAGGAAAGGAUCUAGUUAUGAGGCCACUGAUCUGCUCACCAAUGGAGUCGGCUAAAAAGAGGUUCCCAGAGUUCAUAUUCACUCCAAAACCGACAAACAAAUUGGUCAUAGAUGACAAUUCAAGGCCUAAACUAAGUUUUGAAGAAGCGGACGGAGCAUAUGCUGCGCCAAACAUGAAACAAUUAUCAACUCCAUUGUAUAAAACUACACACACCCUUUCGAACGUAAGAUUUGCUAGUACAUGUGUGGUCUACCCUCGCUAUCACUGCAGUGCAAGUCUCUACCCCUCAUUUUCUAGAAACACACUCUACAACACAGCUAUGGACAUGACAGACACACUCAAUGAUAUCUUGGAAAACCAAUUGAGACCUCAAUCCGAGAAAAAAGUAUUUCAGCUAUCAUCACCCCCACAGAGAAAAAAGACUUCCGAAGAACAAAGAACACCAAAAUUAAAACUAAAACGGCAUCACACGUUCCAUGUAAGACGAGACCAUCUCCAGCUACACAUGCAAGAAGGUAGCGAAAUGAUUCCAUCCUUUCGCGACCACUUAGUACAAAGAGCUGCUCAGGCAAUUCGACAAAGACACUCUACUAGCAACCUACGCCUUUCAGGAGGAGAUAGCCUACCAAAACUAACUCGCAUAGGAAGCAACAGUACCACUCUAUCUCACGGCUCCACACACUCCAUUGGCAGUGAAAUCGCAACAGAUCUUGAUGCGUUGAGAGAUCGUAGAUCAAGACAAAGUUCUUACAGCAGCGAUCACUCAUUGUCCGUGCCACUACAUGUUAUCCACAGUAGAACAGACUCGGAUGGAGUAUUUGAAGUACGUCCUCAAGGAAGGCACAGGGGGUCCUCUAUCGGGAGUAUCCAAGCAACCGGUCUUGACUCAACCUAUCUCCGAAGUUACUCUCGAAAAACUAGUAAUUCUAGCCUGGCAUCGGUAUCGAAAUCUGAUAUGAAUGCCACUGUAAAUCGUAUGACAGAGCUGUCAGAUCACGUGACCAAUUCCGCAGAGAUAAUAGACAUCGAAGAAGCACAUUCGAGUGAUGAUGAGGUGCUGUACACAUUCCAGAGCAACUACCGACCGGUGACAGUGUUGGUAGAAAGUAAAUCGGCCGGCAAUCUUCGAGAGGGAACAGUUAACUCCUCAUUAGGAGGUGUUACAACGACAGACUUUAGAGAACGAGUAUCGUCAGAGGGAAGAAGAGAAAUGUGGAAAUUUAGUCAACAGAGAGAACAAAGAAGAACUAAAAGUUGGCUAUCAGACUUGUAAUA